AUGCAGGGGGCACGUUUGCGAUUUAACAGCCUGCUUCUCCAAAUUAUGGCACUGCGUACAGCGCUCCAUCAAAUUGACGGCUUGGUCAAAGCCGGCGCCGCUGAAAAGCACCACCAGCUGACCACGGACAUGGGCACGUGCCUCACUUGCUGCGAGCCACUUCUCGAGACGUUGGACAAGGACUGCAAGAGACUUGCGAAAGACGAUGGACCGCUAUUGGACCCGACAUUUCUAGUGCGAUUAAAAACGGCAUUCAAUGGCGGACCCGCAACGGACAUGGAGGCGUUGCUUGACCGGCAGACAAAUGCAUUGAACCUUCUGUUGACUGCAUACUCCUGUCAAUCAUUGCGCCUUCAAGGUCAAAUUCUCCAGGACACGCGAAGCCGCAAAGCUCUACGAACUCUAGCAAGUGAUGUGCUGUCGUUGCGCAAAGCUCGAGAUUGCGAUUCCAUGGUUUCAGAAAUCAGCGAUACAUUGUCCAAACUUUCUCGCGAGUUUGCGUUUGACUCGGCUGUGCUGGCAACUCGGACUCAUCGACCCAACUCUAUACGGAACCAGCAAACGAAGCUUCCGCCAGCACUAGCACGUCUCUGCAGCAGCAUCAGGGUGUGGAUGAUUGAGAAAAGCCUCAGGCGAGCACACGUACAUGUUACUUCUGCCAGCGUCUUGCCCCUGAAAUGGCUCGUAAACGCUCGGUUUCAGAAAAUGAGGGCGAAAACCAGCAAUGAGCACACAGACGACGUCAGCACUACCUCAGCAGCCUCUAUCGAUCUAUCUGCAGCUGGCCAUUUACCUUUGACGCCAUACUUGUUCAGUGCGCCGAGCGCUUGUGACAGCGCGGCGUACAACUGGGUGCACAUCGGGCGCCAGAGGCUGCCGUCGGGACUCUUCCAGCCCAAAUCUGUGUUCUACGUUUUGGACCUACCCACGCAGGGCGGAGACAACUUGUCAGGCCUUCUAACGAAGGUGCGCGCAUCCAUAGCCGCCACGCUCGUAGAGCAGCAGGGUACUUCUCUUAGGACCUUAUACUUUAUUGCAAUCGUGCUCCAGCGCGGCCGGCGAGGCAUGCUGGACUUCGGGUCGCAGAUGCAACUGGAAAACUUCCGCGCAGAGGCCCAGACUCUGUAUCCAACCUUGUGCGUUGACUUUACGGUACCUGACAGGGAGGUGUUUUGGGAUACGCCGUGGGAACAUAUUCGAGCCAUAGAUUUCAGGGCGCGAACUGAUGAACUUAAUGGCCACUGCUUUUUCGGGAGGGGUUGCAGGGAUUGGGGGGCUCCUCCUAGGGAUUUCGAGACGCCUAUGAGCGAUUUGGAGAGUGGCAGACAUGGCAACCAAAGACUCACGCAACCGGUCCAGCGUGCAAGCUGCAUUUGGAGACUACACUUGCAUGUGGCGAAGCUGGCUGUCUAA